GACCAAUCAGAAGCCGGGCCAGGAGGAAAUAUAAACCCAGCAGCGUGGCUUGGAGACGUAUUCUGAACCAGCAAGACACGUAAACGUCAUAUAGCUGUUCGAGUUUUGAUCGAUUUUUAUCGCAAGCAAACCCACUACUAACCUUCAAGAUGCGCGAAUGUAUCUCAAUCCACGUCGGACAAGCCGGAGUCCAAAUCGGUAACGCUUGUUGGGAGUUGUACUGCCUUGAGCAUGGCAUCCAACCAGAUGGUCAAAUGCCAAGUGACAAGACCAUUGGUGGAGGCGACGACUCUUUCAACACUUUCUUCAGCGAAACCGGAGCAGGGAAACAUGUCCCAAGAGCCGUCUUCGUUGAUCUUGAGCCAACUGUUGUUGAUGAGGUCCGAACCGGUACCUACCGUCAACUCUUCCACCCUGAGCAGUUGAUCACCGGCAAAGAAGAUGCAGCCAACAACUACGCCCGUGGUCACUACACCAUCGGUAAGGAGAUCGUCGACCUCGUCCUCGACAGGAUCCGAAAGCUCGCCGAUCAGUGCACCGGCCUCCAAGGUUUCCUCAUCUUCCACUCAUUCGGAGGAGGCACCGGAUCCGGAUUCACCUCUCUUCUUAUGGAGAGACUUUCCGUCGAUUACGGCAAGAAGUCGAAACUUGAGUUCGCUAUCUACCCAGCACCCCAGGUUUCCACCGCUGUUGUUGAGCCGUACAACUCCAUCCUUACCACCCAUACCACCCUUGAGCAUUCCGACUGCGCCUUCAUGGUCGACAACGAAGCUAUCUACGAUAUCUGCAGACGUAACUUGGACAUUGAGAGACCAACCUACACCAACUUGAACCGACUUAUGGGACAAAUCGUUUCUUCCAUCACCGCUUCCCUGAGAUUCGAUGGUGCUUUGAACGUCGAUCUUACCGAGUUCCAGACCAACUUGGUGCCAUACCCACGUAUUCACUUCCCAUUGGCCACAUACGCUCCAGUCAUCUCGGCAGAGAAGGCAUACCAUGAACAACUCUCUGUUGCCGAAAUCACCAACGCUUGCUUCGAGCCAGCCAACCAGAUGGUGAAAUGCGACCCACGUCACGGCAAAUACAUGGCGUGCUGCAUGUUGUACAGAGGUGACGUCGUCCCCAAGGACGUCAACGCCGCUAUUGCAACCAUUAAGACCAAGAGAACCAUCCAGUUCGUCGAUUGGUGCCCAACUGGUUUCAAGGUCGGUAUCAACUACCAACCACCAACCGUCGUUCCAGGUGGUGACUUGGCCAAGGUACAACGUGCCGUCUGCAUGUUGAGCAACACCACUGCUAUUGCAGAGGCAUGGGCUCGUCUUGACCAUAAGUUCGACUUGAUGUACGCCAAACGUGCUUUCGUCCACUGGUAUGUCGGUGAAGGUAUGGAGGAAGGCGAGUUCUCUGAGGCUCGUGAGGAUUUGGCAGCCCUUGAGAAAGAUUACGAAGAGGUUGGUGUCGAUUCCGUUGAGGGCGAAGGCGAGGAAGAAGGAGAGGAAUAUUAAACUCCCCAAUAAAACCCCACUCAUCGAUAUCUUAUAUAUUUUAACACUUGGUGACUUCUACUUUCAAAUUACUUCUUCAUAUACCUUCAGGUUAUGCGAUAAAACUUUCGAAAUAAAAGUGGGGAAACGAUAAA